AUUACUCUUGGUAUCUCUCUUUGGACUUAAAAUACUAAAACCUUGUAUACAAAUACAAAAUUAAAAUCUGUGUGUUAAUAUUUCUGAACACAUUUGAGUAUAUGGGAAGCAAUUAUUCAACCUCUUCACAAUAAAUUCAUCAGUUUUAGAACUAUAAAUCUUCAAAUGGACCAUUUGAAGCGUAUAAUAAUGAAAUGAUAUCUGAAUAUUUUCCUGACUUUUGAGAUACUUUCAGCAGGAUAGUGCUUCAAACGUGCUUCAGCUAUUUACAUGUGGUGACUGGUGAGUACCAAGGUGGACAGGACCAAUACCAAUCUAUUAUCACAUCUAACAGUGUUUGUGAUAAAUUCUUCAAAAUGACAACAGUGGAGUUAAAAGAUGAUUCAUUGUACCAAUAGAACCAUUGAAAAACUAUCUGUACAUCAUACAUGAUGAUAUUAAUCCUGUGACAUGAUAUAAUAAUGUGACAUGAAACAAUAAUCACUGAUUUCUCUACAAAAAGCGUAUUCAUUUUGAUGGCCAACACAAAAAUCAUUCAUUAAUUCCAAGCAGGCUGCUGGAGAAAUUUAUUCUUGUAAAAUAAAAUGUUUGCGCUCAGUGGUCUAUUGCCAGCCAAGUUUCUGUGGAUACCAUAUGUGUCAAUGGUUGGGUUUAUCCUCCUAGCACUCGUGAUUCACUUCAACAUCUGGCACUCGAAGAACCGCUACAAAUACCACAGACGCGCCAUCUAUGCAUCUCACCAAGAGCGGAUGCAAUUGAAAAAAGAGCUGCAAGAGCAAAGGAAUGAUGCAUGGCAAAGUUUCAAGCACCAAUUCAAACGAAGUUUGAGUAUUGGAAACUUUCCAAAAUAUCAUGUUCGAAUGGGGAUGUCCCGUAAAGUGCCCAAAAAUGACAGUUCAGUACAAGUGGCCCAGAGGCAACCAGAAACUUGCGCUUCUACCAGUAAUACUGAGGAUAUUGAUAGAGAUAGGUUUGAAACAAUUUGCGAAGAUGAACCUUUGUUGAAGGUAGAUACCAAGCCAAGUUAUUACCUAGGUAUGGAUGGAAGUGUUUGAACUUGGCUAUCAACUUACGUACAAUGUGAUAUGAAAAUAUUUUUCACGUAAAAUUUAGCUUACGCUGGAAUGAAAAAGUGGCAUAUAUUCCAUACAAAAACUUGAAACAAUUUCAAGUAUUUCUGCACAAAAAUAACCGAGGAUUUAAUGUUUUGCACAAAUUAUUAUAGCAAAUUAAAUAAUUUUAGAACAUGUUUUCCAACUGAACACAAAUAAAUGCAUGUCAUAUUGGAUCUAUCCAUGCAAAACAUAACAGAUUAACAGUGUUAUGGUAUCAAU